AUGUGUCGAUUUGUGAUCUACAAAGGAACCUCACCUGUGCAACUUUCGCAUCUCUUGACAAGGCCAUGUCAUAGUAUAAUUAAUCAAGCAUUUGAUUCACGUCUUCGACUUGACAGACGACGACCUAUGAACGGAGAUGGCUUUGGAGUGGGCUGCCAUGCAUCUUCACGAGUGUCACGCCGGCAUGGAAUAAUAUCAACCUCCAAAGACUUGCCGAAAAAAAUCAAGUCUCCGCUCGUAUUUGGACACGUUCGCGCAACGACUGCAGGCUCCUUGAGUCUGGAUAAUUGCCAUCCCUUCAAGUACGGGAAAUUAAUGUUCAUGCACAAUGGCGCCAUAGCUGAAUGGGAGUUGAUAAAGCGUCGUCUCCAAAGAGACCUUCCUGACUUUGCGUACAAUAUGGCCCAAGGAAACACAGAUUCCGAGUGGGCGUUUGCUGUUUUCUUAUCCAAGCUUCCGGAUGCCAACGCGCGCACAUUUAGCCAUGAUGUCUUACGCCGGGCAAUGCUGGAUACCAUCGCCACAUUAAACGGGUAUGCUGAAGCUGCUGGUGUAACCGAACCUAGCUUGAUGAACUUCUGCUUGACUGAUGGAGACACUGUUGUCGCCACACGUUAUAUUUCUUCCGACAAGGACGAAGCGGCUUCUCUCUGGUUCUCGUCUGGUACAACAUUCAGCGAAGACACAGAAGGUGGCGGUGGACACUAUCGCAUGGCAAAAGCAGAUAAGAGAGAGAAUAUAAUCAUGGUGGCUAGCGAGCCGUUAACCUUUGAGCGAGCGGACUGGAUGGAAAUCAAGACAAACACUAUGGUCGUGAUCACUCCUCGCUUCAAUGUGCUUACGAUACCGAUCAUCGACAAGUACUCAACAAGAGCAGUUAGGAGGACGGAUUUUGCGCACGAAAAAGGAUUUUUGAAUCCUCGGGAGGCUUUGCCUAGUCUUAUCGGUAAAUCUAGUGCUUAG